AUGGUUGUGGAUGGUCUUGACGAUGAAUCCUCGCUGGACUGGCUCACAGACUCUGACACACAUGAUGAGCGGAGCCUUUGGGAUUUUAUUCCCAGGGGCAGACACAGCACGGUUCUGGUUACAACAAGGCAGGCACGUCUGGCAGGACGCUUUGCGGAAAGGUUGCAAUUCGUCGUCGAAGUUAAACCCCUUCAAGACAAAGACGCCGUGUUCAUGAUUCUUGGAGAAAAUCCAAAGGACACACCGAGGUUCGAACAAGCCAAACAGCUGGCCAAGAAGCUUGGGGGCACAGCUGGUGUCCUUGCAUUUCCACACGCUUACCGCAACAAGAUCGACAAGAAGAUCAACUUGAAGGAAUACGAAGGCAUGGUCGGAUUUCCUGACUCGACCAAACCCGAUCAUACGACGAAUGCCAUGCUAGCUUGGAAACGACUAUUCAGAGUGAUGGAGAAAAAGCACCCAGAAGCGGCAAGUUUACUUUGCUCAGUUGGCGUCUUGGAAGUUCAGAGUAUCCCGAAAGACUUCUUCCAGAAGGCUGACUGGAAGCUGACCCCAAAAUUGGAAAUGUACGGCAUGAUAGAGAGGUCAGCAGAUGAUAGAUUCAUUCGUGUGACCGGAAUUGUCCGCCUCUGUCUGCAACGCUAUCUUGAGGAAAGGAAAGAGAAGGAAUUAAUUGAAGAGAAGGUCCUUCGCCAGCUCUACGAGACCUUGAAGGAUGGUGAUCAUGAGUUGGAUGAAGCAUUGCUCCCCAGCAUCCUUGCUGCCCUAAAGUUUCGUACGAAGUUUUCAGAAGGCAAGUGCACUGCAACUUUGCACUUGAAGGUUGCCCAGUACUACCAGCACAUUGGCCGGAUGGAAGCCGCAAAAUCGCACUUCGAGAAGGCUCUCACUCGACGUUCGGAAGACUCGAAACGGCGUUACUAUCUGUCAGACAAAGAUGUCGAGACAGCCAGACAAGCUCUCGACAAACUCGGCCUGGAUCAGAAAAGCCUGUCUGUGGCGGGUGGCAAGAAACCGUCAUCCCGUGCUUGCUUCAUCCCCAACCCUCAGGAGCUGCGCAGCGAGCUUCGGCUUCUAGAAGAGAGCUCUGGACGCGAACACACGAGCACCAUUCAAAAGCUAGCCGAACUGGCUGCUUUGAGACUAGCCCACCCAAGCAUGAGACAGCCCAGCCAGACCAAGGCCAACAACCUCGCAAACAACCGCGGCCUCCCAGCACCCACGAGUGGAUCUCCAGCUUCUGGUACACCUGGAAACAAUGACCCUUCGGGCAACGGCUCUUCUUCUUUAGCACCACAGAAUGGAGACACCCUUGAAGACGACCCAGCUGUGCUCUUUGAACGCCUGCUGGAAUCAGCAAUAAACACCCACGGCCUCAACACCAUGCGUACCGCCAACGCUCACUACUCCCUCGCCAUAGCCUACGAACGGCAAGGAAACUUCCCCAAAUCCGAACAACAUUUCUCACAGGCCAUUGUCAUAGCCCGCGACAGACUUGGCCCUGAAAGCCCAGAGUGUCUCCGCAUGCUGCGUGCCCUCGCUUGUCUCUACGCCCGCCAGGGAAACACACAGGCUGAGCAGAUGUUCGCGCUCGCCUUGCAGAGCCAGAUCAAAGUCCUCGGGGACACCCAUCCCGAGACCCUCAUCACCCGACACAAUGUUGCUUUGUUCCUCGAGGAAGCCGAGGAGUGGGAAGCGGCAGGACAGGAGCUGGAGAGGAUACUCGGGCUGCAGGGGUAUUGGCUUGGGAGGGACGCCCCGGAAACAUUACAUACGGCACAAAGCCUUGCCCUCAACUAUGCUGCCAGAAACAAGAGAAAGGAGGCGGAAGACUUGUUUCGGGCCACGCUCGCAACGCAGGAGCAAGUCUUGGGGGAGACGCACGUUGAUACCAUGACUACCGCAGAGAGGUUGCGCGAGUUUUUGGAGAAUGCACAAGGCGAUGGAGGGAAGGGGGAUAAGGGUGCGAAGAAGGAGGAUAACGAUAAGAAGGGGGUCAAGGAUGGGAAGAAGGGAAAGAAGUGA